UAAGAAGACCCUCCUCCUGUGACCGUGAGCCAGAGAGGGCGAGCUUAAAAGCCGGUACGCCACACCGCGCGCACACACCCGCCGCUGGUGCACUGCUCUACACCUGUGGAGAAAUCUGGACGUUCACCGAGCGCCGACAUGGAGAAAGAUGCUCGAGACAGCUGGGACACCCCCAUGCAGUUUGUCCUGGCGUGUGUUUCUUACGCCGUGGGUUUGGGGAACGUGUGGCGCUUUCCUUACCUGUGCCAGAUGCACGGUGGAGGGGGGUUUUUGAUUCCCUAUCUCCUCAUGUUGGUUCUGGAGGGGGUGCCCUUAUUCUACCUGGAACUUGCCAUUGGCCAGAAGAUGCGAUUAGGAAGCAUUGGAGCAUGGAAUGCCAUCAGUCCUUAUUUAGGAGGCGUUGGUCUUGCUAGUGUUGUGACAUCCUUGUACCUGUGUCUCUAUUACAACGUCAUCAAUGCAUGGAGUUUCUGGUACCUGUUUCAUUCAUUUCAAUCAGUCCUGCCCUGGGCAUUUUGCCCCAUAAAUUCCAACCGGACGGGACCUAUAGAGGAGUGUGAAAGAGCAACACCCACCCAGUAUUUCUUCUACAGGGAAACGCUCAACAUCUCUUCCUCUAUUGAGGUAAAUGGAGGCAUUCAUACGGGCCAGACACUCUGCCUCCUGCUUGCAUGGGUCAUUACAUACCUAUUCAUUCUCCGAGGAGUAAAGUCAACUGGAAAGGUUGUGUACUUUACAGCCACAUUUCCAUACGUGGUCCUCUUUAUUUACCUGAUCCGGGGCAUGACUCUUCACGGAGCCAUCAAUGGCAUCAUAUACAUGUUCACACCCAAGAUGGAGCAGCUUGCCAAUCCUACUACUUGGAUCAAUGCAGCCACUCAGAUCUUCUUCUCUCUGGGCCUGGGUUUUGGGUCACUCAUAGCUUUUUCCAGCUACAACCAGUACCACAACAACUUUGAGCGGCAGGCCAUCGCUGUCUCGCUCAUUAACAGCGGAACCUCCAUCUUUUCCAGCAUUGUCACCUUUGCAAUCUACGGCUUCAAGGCCACUGUCAACUAUGAGAACUGUCUGAACAGGACCCGCACACUGCUGAUGAAUACCUUUAAUCUGGCUGAGGACAGCAUCACGCUGGACACCGUGUCCGACUGCAUUGAGAAGCUGAACAUGACGUUUCCACAGCAGUUUGCUGAAAUCACCCACAAGCUGGAAAACUGCAGCCUGGAGAGCGAACUGGACACCGCUGUAGAGGGGACUGGUCUAGCCUUCAUUGUCUACAGUGAGGCCAUAACGAACAUGCCGUUGUCUCAGCUGUGGUCGGUGCUCUACUUCAUCAUGCUCCUUCUGCUGGGAAUGGGAAGCAUGCUGGGAAAUGUCACCGCUAUCAUCACGCCGCUACGUGACUUCAAAGUGGUGUCCUGUAUGAGCACAGAGUUCUUCAACGGGUUGGUGUGUUUGUUCUGCCUGCUGCUCGGCCUGGGCUUCACUACAACGUCUGGAAACUACUGGUUCACCAUGUUCAAUGACUACGGAGCUACUUUCUCCCUGCUCUUCAUCGUCCUCAUCGAAGUCGUAACUGUCAGCUACAUUUAUGGAAUUAGAAGGUUUGAAAAGGAUAUAGAAGACAUGCUUGGUCAUCGACCCAACUGGUACUGGAAGAUAAUGUGGGCAGGAGUGAGUCCUCUGCUUCUCAUUGGCCUGUUCUUGUUCUAUAUCGUCAACUAUAUCCAGGGAGGGACGCCUACCUACCAGGCAUGGAACAAAGAUCUGGGGAAGUCGGUGCAGACGGAGUAUCCUGUCUUCAGUCAAGUCUUCAUCGGAAUGCUGCUGGUGUCCUCAGUGAGCUGUGUUCCCCUCACAGCUCUCUAUGCCUUCUGCCAGGAGAGGAAAUAUGGAAAACACCACAAGCAGCAGAGAGUCAGUACAGUGGCUGCUUAGUGAGGAGGAUGAACUUCCUGCCACAUCCGGCCCUCCUGGUGCCAGCUUCCUGCCACAUCCGGCCCUCCUGGUCCCAGCUUCCUGCCACAUCCGGCCCUCCUGGUCCCAGCUUCCUGCCACAUCCGGCCCUCCUGGUCCCAGCUUCCUGCCACAUCCGGCCCUCCUGGUCCCAGCUUCUGCUACAUUCCCCUAUCCUGGUCCAAAGGUCGCCAUCUGUACUUAGUUGUAUUUUCUGCUCAUGUUCAUAGAAUUCUGCAUCAACCAAAGUUUUUCUAGACAUUUUCUCUGCUGUGUUUCCAGAGAAAUCCAGGGAUAAAGAUCAGGUUCAACAUUUGUUUGUUUCCUCAGUAUUAGUUUGCAGAGGCAGAUAAACAAAUCAUAUUUACCACUGAGAAGGAUUUGAACUCAUAGUUUACAAAACUUUUCUCUGUCAGCUGCUGUUGGUCAUGUUGUUACUGUAGAUAAGCUCUAGUUUGUUUGAUUGUCCAACAUUUUAACAGGUAAGGUUAAAUUCAGUAUCCUAUAUGACAUCAGUUUACUUAAUGGUAGUAUGACGAUAAAAAGAAUGUAUGUAGAUAUUUAAUUACUCAGUAAGCUAUAAAAUGUAGUGUUGGAGGAUUUUCUUGUGUCGCACUGGUUCACAUUCAGCCACUAAAAUCCCAUCAUGUGUGGGUUUAUCUAAACAAUGCCACUGGUUUCAGUAGUAAACAUGGUUGAAUGUGAUUUUUACCUGCUGGAAGAAAACAUGUUGGAUUAAGGUGCCAUUAAUUUUGUUUUCUCUUCAUCUAAUGAGAGAUUCAAGAUCUAUUUGUGUGGUGUACAAAACAUGCUUUUGCUGCGUAUUCUUGCUAACUAGUUUUUUAUGUUUUAUAAGGGUUUGCCAUACAGUACAUGCUGUAGCUAAUUUUUAUCUAAACAUCUGAGAAUUUAAGAUGUUUUUAUACCGUUGAUUUUAUGGGAGAUGUCAGUAAAGUGCCACAGUCGUCAUUAACAUAUCACGUCUUUGCCACUUUUAUGGGAAUCUGUGAUUAUCAAAUAAAUAUGAAGUAUGAAGUUCAUGUUGAUAACAAGCUUCUGUGUGUGUGAUGUUUAGGUCAGGUCUGGAGUUUUUAUGAUCUCUUAAAAUCUGUUUCCUCAUGUAGACAUUCAGGGACCUGUUGCAGAAAACCAGGACCAGGGACGAAUCCAGGAUCUGUUGGUCAUCCUGGAUCAACUCAUCCCUGAUCUGGUUGCAGUAAAGCUGGAUGGUGAAAAGGGGGAUAUGUCAUGACAUCAGUUACCAUGGAGAUUUAUCCUGUGGAGCUAGUUCCAGGGUCUAUUUAAUCUUGAUGGAAACCAAUAUUUAUUCCACUGCCUGCUAGACCCACUGUCAUUAGAUAAUUAACACUUUCCAGUAGACUAAAUAAAAUACACAUCUGAUUUAGGUUCAUGAAAUAAAAACUUUCAACAUCGCCUAAAGAAAUAUUUCAGUCUGUUUUCAUAAAUUAGGAAAAAAACUAUCAAAACUUUUAGUGUUUUUCACAGUGGAGAGAAGUUCUUUAUCAUAGAAAGUGUUUGUAAAUCUGUAUAAAUGUGAGUUUUUUCUCUGAGCAGCGUUCCUCUGCCCGUCGUGGACGUGGUGACACCACUUUGUUUCCCGUUUAACCUCUGAACAGCCAAUGGUCUUAUCUUCAUGUCUGUAAAUGUUUGAGUGACUUCCUCUGACAUCAGUCGUCGUGACAGUCAUAAACAAAGCGGAUGGCUGCACACCUAA